GUUGUGACGUAUGGUGCGCUGGUCACGGCAGCUGAGAAAGGACAGCUUUGGCAAGAUAGCCUGGAUCUCCUUCAACACAGUGCCGCAAAAGGCAUUGUUCCCGAUCUUGUUCUUACAGGGGCUGUCAUCAGUGCCUCCGAGAAGGCUGGGCAGUGGCAGUCUGCCCUGGGUAUAGCUGCCACGAUGGCUAGUUACAGCCUUCAGCCCAAUGAAAUUGUGUGCAACGCUCAAAUCAGUGCUUGUGCGGCACGUGGACGUGUACCUGAAGCAUUGCAACUUUUAGCUGAUAUGCAGUGGAGACAAGCCGUGAGGUCUACUAUUUCAUUCAAUGCCGCAGCGGAAGCCUGUCAGAAAAGCCUUCAAUGGGAAUCAGCAGUGGAAAUUAUGGGCAUGAUGACGAUUGAUACCAUCAAGCCAGAUAUAAUCACAAUGUCAUUGGUUAGCCCACCGCUCGAGUUGGCUGGAAAGGCUGAGCUCCUCACAAGUUUCCUUUGCUCCGCGGAGAAGUUGGGGUUUAGCAAGACACCUCUUGAUUUGCCAAAUGAGCUGUCGGCCCGCCAUAUGACAGCCACACAACUCCUGGCGGACCACGAUGCAUUAUCUAACAGAGUCGAGCGAAAAUUUCAUGUCCUCGAAUGGAAGUACCUGCGGCCAAAGCUCGAACGCUUAUGUUUUGCAGAACCCAGUGCAAGCGAGAGGAACUCUGCCAGGUUGUUUGACAGCCGGUUGAACCGCUUUUUCUCCUUGGGAUCUCAUUUUACAUCCAUCGCUUUAGAUGCACUCUUUGGGCUUUCAGAGCUGUGGACGGACACGGCACGCAGACAUUCGAGAUGUGAGACUGGAUGUUUUUGGUCUCAAGAAGCCAGUGCUCAUGGCCUAGUUGCUUGGGUCCAAUACUCUUUGAGGACUUUGAAGCAUGGACAGCAUACAGUUUCGGGAGGGAGUACGUAUGGCUAUGGGUACGCUGAUGCCUUGGCGCUGCUGCCGCUCUCAGUGCAACAUGACCGCUCCAGGCAUGCGGAACGGCUUGCAUUGCUGUCAGUGUUUUUUUGGCUGGGAGCGUCAGGGCCCCGAAAAGGAGCGCGAAGUCAACACGAUUUCCUUCGCCCAUGGCACUUUGAGCUUUUUCAGCUUGAUACUCUACCUACUUUUGUCCCGUAAAGGAGCCCGCAAAUUUUGGCUUGCAGUCUCAUAAGCCUCAUAAGCGCCUUGCUGAGGCCAAAGCAGGAAAUCCGAGCAGGAUAUUGACAUGUAUACAACGAC